CCCUGAGUCAUUCUCAGUCAGACGGACACAUCUGGUUUGGGCUGGCACGGAGUAGCACAAGUUGCUUUGCAUUUAUAUAAGCGGUAAGGUUUCUUUAUGCAACGUGUGCCUUCUUGUUUCGUAACUUGGGCGCUACCCCUGACUUCGUAAGUGUGUGGACGGAGAGCUUGGAUCGACAAAGAACGUCUCUCGACACCGAGACAUUUCACAAGCACAAGAUGGAGGGUCUCCGUUUCCGCGAGGCCGGCCAUGAGGACUACCCGGCCAUGCUGAGGGUGUCGGCAGGCGUGCACAACGGGUGCGACUUCCUCCCGGCACUCUUCCACCGCUGGGUGGACCAGCACAACAGGACCGUUCUCCUGGCGGAAUUGGACGGAACCGCAGUGGGUUUGAUCAGUACACACAUCGUGGACGGCGGAGAGACGGUACUGGUGCAGGCGUGGCGGGUACACCCAAGCUGCCGCGGCAAGGGGGUGGGCAGGCUCUUACGGCAGUACGCGCUCAGCCAGGCCCGACAGCACCAUCCCGGCCUCAGGCGGCAGCGGUACUCCGAAAACGCCGCCAUCUUCGACUCCAAACCCCAGACAUCCGGCGGCGGUGUGAGAGAGGUUAUGAGACAGACCGUCCUCUGCUUUGAAGGGAGGAGCGACACUCUUGUGAGCCACCUGCCGUCCUUACGUCACACCCUACCCACGGAUGACGUCACCCAGCUGACCCCGCCCCAGCUGCACGCCCUGUUCUCAGACCAAGCUCCUCUGCACACGGCCAUCGGCGGGCACGUCAUCACUAGCGACUGCGAGGGGUACUGCAUCACACCCUCCAACGUCAAACUUUUGGACAGCGGCAACAGAAAGGUGUUCGCGAGCAGCACCAGGGACCUAACCAUCACAGUCAGCCAUUCGUACAGCGUCGAGAAAGGUCUGAGGUACAACAUAGACUGUUUCGGGAGAGACUUGGACUCAGUAAAGGCGCACCUGGCCACACACAUGGAGGGCGUGACUCGCGCGGUUGACGUCAUCAGGUUCUACAUCUACGUCAGAGCGGACCUGUUGGAGGGCGUGCGGCGGUUCUGCGCAGGCGCGGGAUUACGUCACGUGUUCUGUGACAGGCAGCAAGUUCUGGUGGAAAAAGACUUUGAAGUUGAAAUGGACACUAUUCCCCUUCGCGGGUCAGCUUAGCAAAUUGUUAAGACUUAAUUGUUCCCAAAUACGUGUGUACAAAGUAAGUG